UACAUUGAUCAUGUGGAGAUGGGAAAUGCAAUUAAUUAAUGUUUAUACUUGUAACCACUGUACUGUACUCGUCUCAACGGUGUUAAGCCUCGACUCUCAAGUGAGGCCAUGCGCUACUUUAUCAUAUCCUUCAAUUUCCCCCUCAAGUCAGACCAACCACAUCUAAUAAUAUCCUGACCUCUCCCUUCACAUAAGUUCUCUCCCACAUCUCGUUCCUUUCCUGCUAGAUCACUGAUCACAUGGCUCAAGAUCAUCACCGAAUCCCUCCCAGGAACACCGAUCUCACCACCACUUCCCGGUGGCCACUUCGACGGAGACUUUCCCUACGUAGGCGUAAACCGCCCAUAAUACGUCUAGGAGGAGAGAAGCCUCGACGACGAAGGAUGCUUUUAUUGAGGAUGUUAAGAGGAACGCGGUUGAGGUGGCUAAAACUGCGAUACCUAUGCAUGUUCAAGAAGCUUAAGGAAUGUUAUCGUAAUUUUAUCAAGGAUCUGCCGGUAUCUGGAGUGACUAUAGAGGCUUAUCAACAAAGGCUUUUAAUGGAGACCUCUUUUGCUGUUCCUGGCAUGGGUAUUACUUUCUCCAACUUUCUUUCCGUCCAGGCUGGAUCCAAUCCCUCUCGAUCAUUCAUGGCGUAAAAUGUG